AUGGCUCCCCCAACGCCCCUCGCCGUUGCUACCUCGUCCGUCCAGCGCCUGGUCAAGGAGGAGGCCUACUAUCACAAGGACCUCGCCAGCCAGGAGGCCCGCAUCGCCAAGCUCGAGAAGGAUAUCGCCGAGAAGAGCGCCGACCUAGACGAGAACGCCGACUACGUCCUCAAGCAGGAGAAACAAGCCGCAGAGGAGACCAAGAACGUCUUUGGGCCCCUGCGCAGCCGCAUCUCGGACGCCGUCUCCAAGCUGGAGGAGCAGAUCGCCAUCGGCGAGAGCGGCGACGGCGCCGAGGCCGAGCUGGCCAAGGCGAGGGAGGUGCUCAAGCAGGGCCAGGACGCCCUCAAGGCGGAGGCGUAG